AUGGAUUUUGUAAAAGGUGUUAUUCAACCUUAUUCAAAUUCUUCAAAUACUAAAGAAGAAGAUUAUUUAAUAAAUCAAAUUAAUGAUUACAUUAAAUUGUAUGAAAGGAUAGAAGAAAGAGGGAUAGAACUUAACAAUCAAAUUAAUGCUUACCACGAAAAAAUCCAACAAACAGGUAUAAUCGCACCAAAAAUUAAAGAAGCUCUUAAAUCAUUAUAUGCUGACAUGAUAGACCAGACAGUUUGCGAAGAAGAGAAAAAUUCUAAACCUAAUAGCAUCAUUAAAAAUGGGACUAUAGUUGCAGCCAAGCAGCCAGUGACCAAAUCAUCAGAACAAAACUGGAUCUUGGCAACUGUAGUUGGAUAUAAACCUGAGGUUAAACUUUAUGAGGUAGAAGAUGCAGACCAAUUUGAGGCAUCAAAUAGACAUUUUAAUGUACCAAAAAAACAUGUUCUUCCAAUUGCAAAUAAAGGAGAAGUUAAAGCUAAUGAAUUUACAAAAGAUCACCCUGUUCUUGCAUUAUACACAGAAACAACAUGCUUUUACAAAGCAACUGUUGUUCUUCCGCCUAGUAAGAUUACACCGUCAAAAAAGAAUUGUUAUUUACUUGAGUUUGAGGAUGAUGGACGUGCUCAAAGAUAUGUAGAAUCUCAAUAUGUACUUGAUAUUCCAAAAGUACAAACACUACUCGAAGGAGAUCUCUUACAUGGUUAUCCAAGAACCAUUAUUGGAGGAUCAACGAUUACAUCACAGUUGGAAAUUUCAGAGAAGCUUUGA